AUGUCUAGUGAUUCGCAGUCAACUAGGGCGAUCCUCGUGACUGGUGCAACCGGCAAGCAAGGCGGCGCCGUCAUCAAUGCACUGCUAGAGUCAGAAACUGGCAGCUCUUACAAAAUCAUCGCCGUUACUCGGAAUAUUGCUUCUUCCAAAGCCAAAAGCUUAGCAUCGCGUGGGGUCAUCGUCGUUCAAGGCGAUCUCAACGACGUUCCUGCUAUCUUCUCCGACGCCAAAGCAGCUUUGAGCUCCUCAAAUACCGAGAUUUGGGGCGUGUUUAGUGUGCAAACGGCCAUCGGCAAGGGAGCAUCGGCAGAGCUCGAAGAAGCCCAAGGCAAGGCGCUAGUCGAUGCGGCUCUAUCCAACAAUGUCAAAUUCUUCACAUACAGCUCCAUAGACCGAGGUGGAGACGGCUCAUACGAUAACUACGUCCCUAGUGUAUCUCACUUCGUCAGCAAAUAUCGCAUCGAACAUCACCUAGUCGAAAAGGCACAUGGCAAGAUGGACUGGACCAUCCUUCGACCUGUUGCAUUUAUGGAAAACAUGGAGCCUGGAAUGGGUAUCAAGAUCAUGGCUACAUCGUGGCGAGUCGCGGUUAAGGAGAAGCCUCUUCAGCUGGUUUCGGUCAAGGAUGUAGGGCGAGCCGCCGCGAAAGCAUUCCUCCAACCCCAAGACUUCGCCGGCAGGGAGAUUCCCUUGGCUGGCGACGAGCUUACGCUGGAAGCUGCUAGUGCCAUCUUCAAGUCUAGGAAGGGGACAGAAAUCCCAGAGACGUUCCAGUUUCUGGUCAGAUUCCUGCAUUGGAUGAUCCCCGAGUUUGGUGCAAUGUACAGAUGGUUUUACACUGAUGGCUUUGGGAUCGAUAUCGCAGCCGCGAAGCGAGAGAAUCCAGGGGUGCUGGAUUUUGGUUCUUGGGUUGAGGAAGAAUACGAUCAGGAUGGGAAGCGAGUCUGA